AUGAUUAUUAUGCAAUAUUAUGAAUUAGGUAAUUUAAUACAUUACCUAAGUAAUGAUUUUUAUAACAUUAAAUGGUCUAAUAAAUUGCAUAAUUUAACAUGUAUCGCAAAUGGACUUAUUAAUAUCCAUAGUGUAAAUAUUAUUCACAGAGAUUUACAUAGUGGAAAUAUUUUUUUUACAAGUAACCCGUCGUAUAAUGUAGUAAUAGGUGAUUUGGGGUUAAGUAAAUCUGCUACUGAAUCUACAGAUGAUAAUAAUGUGAAAUAUGGUAUUAUUACUUAUAUGGCACCAGAGAUUUUUCAAGGACAAAAAUAUACUAAAGCUUCUGAUAUAUAUAGUUUUGGAAUGAUCAUGUGGGAGUUUAUGACAGGUAGAAGACCUUUUUGGGAUGAACAUCAUGAUACAAACCUUAUAACUAAAAUACGUGAUGGAUUGCGACCACCAAUCGUAACAAAUGCACCUGAAGGAUAUAUUGAAUUAAUGAAAGAAUGUUGGGAUUCUGAUCCAUGUAAAAGACCGACAACCAAUGAUAUAUAUAAAAGAAUUUGUAUAUUGGUUAGAAAUGAAGAACAAAAUAGUAAAAAUCAGAAUCCAACUAAAAUUAUAGAAUCAUCAGAUAUUGGACCUGUACCAAAAUAUAAUCCAGGUGCCAUUUAUAAGAGCAGGCCUUUAAGUAGCAUGAUUAAUUCUGCAAUGUCUUUAAGGAGUUCAAGAAGUCAAUCUAUUAACUUAGAAAAAGUCAAACGAAAAUUUGAAGAUAAUAAUGAUGAUGGUCAAAGUAUUAAAAGAAAAAAAUUGUAUGAAAAUGAAAAUAAUGUUUUUCUUACAAAAUUCAUCGAAUUAGAUAUUGAUAUGAAAUUAAGUACUGAUGAAUAUAUUACCCAGGAAUAUGAUUUUGAUAUCUAAUUUUAAUUUUUUAAAUGUUUAUAGAAAGUUUAAUUUUUAUUUAUCAUAAAUAAUGGAGUAAUAGUUGUGCCGCAGCAUAUUACUAACGUUCGCGUAUUGAUAUUUUCACGACUUCUCAAUAAUAGAUGGCUAUUGAUUUACUAUUAAAAUAAAGUUAGAUUAAACUUUUUAUGUAAUUAAUGUAAAAUCCAUUAAAUCUACAUUUUUGAUAUAAUAUUUAUAACUGCGGCAAACGUUUUAAGAUUAAGAACCAAAAAA